CACUGAGGCACAAUUAGACGUCAUUACGUCUCACCAGAGCCAGAGGAGCUGCAGCUCGGCCUUUUCUUGCCUGAGAAGACAAAUCUGUCUGCAGAGUUCGCUUGACAUCAGGAAACCAGUUUUGUUGGGGAGAAAAGGGGCCUUUGGAUCACAGACUCCUCCCAGACAUGUCUGGAAGAAAAGCUCCAGUGAGCAGCAGGAGUUGGUCACUGAGAGACGCUCCAUCCACACAGCAGCCUGCAGCCCUGCGGAACGCCUGAACAAUCCUACACCAGAGACACAAAAUGAGAGCCUUUAUUUCAGUUGUGACCGUUUUGUGGGUGGUGGCAAUAACCUCCACGGGCGCCAUCCACGGACUGUACAACUUCGGCCAGACCGAUUUAUUCCAGAAAAAGAACAGCUGCAAGCAAAUCCCUGAAAACCUCCUGCUUUGCAAUGACAUAGAAUACACGGAGAUGCGCCUCCCGAACCUGCUGGGACACGAAACCAUGAAUGAGGUCCUGCAGCAAGCUUCGUCCUGGACGCCCCUGGUGCAGAAGCAGUGUCACCCCGACACGAGGAAGUUCCUCUGCUCGCUUUUCGCUCCAGUCUGCCUGGACGACCUGGAUGAGCCCAUACAGCCCUGUAGGUCGCUGUGCGAGAGCGUCAGGCACGGAUGCGGGCCCGUCAUGCUCGCGUUCGGGUAUCCGUGGCCGGAGAUGCUGGACUGCAACCGCUUCCCGCCUGACAACGACCUGUGCAUACCACCUGCAAGCAUUGAGAACGUCGUGCCUGUCACCAGAGAGGUGCCCAGGGUGUGCGAUGCUUGCAAAGAAACGGAAGAAAAUGGCAACGAAAUCGUUGACAGCCUGUGCAAGAAUGAUUUUGUUAUGAAGAUCAAAGUCAAGGAGAUCUCCUACAUUAAUGGUGACACCAAAAUAGUGCCAGAGACCAAGAGCAAGAUGAUUUACAUGAUGAACAGCAUGACGGAGCGUGACCUGCGGAGGACGGUGCUGUGGCUGAAGGACGGGAUGCGGUGUAUCUGUGAGGAGAUGAACGACAUCAACGGGCCCUACCUGGUCAUGGGCCAGAAGAUGGACGGCCGUCUGGUCAUCACCUCCCUGAAGCGCUGGCAGAGAGGACAGCCCGAGUUUAAGAGGAUUUCACGCAGCAUUCGUAAGAUGCAGUGUUAGGAAAGAAAGGAGGCUCCAUAUCAGAUCUUUGGUCAAGUUUAGUUUAGCUUUUUCUGUCAUGCUGAGUUGUUUGUUGGUUUGUUCUAGAGAACAGAUUUCUCCAAGGUCUCAGAAACUCCACUGUUUUUUUUUUUAUUGAAGAUAAAUCAUAUUUUUAUUGUGCUUUAAUCCAGUUAAGUAUAUAUAGGAUACAACAUGUGGGAGAUCCUCACGUUUAUGAAAAUCUAAUGAACAAUUUUUUAGUCAUGUUUAGCUCAUUGUAAAUUGAAUUUGGCUCUCUAGUGGACACUUGGGGAAUACCAUGUCUUUUUAAAAAGAUGGAGCUUUUCCUUCACCCCCCAGUCAGUCUAUGUAAAUAACACUCAGAUUGUAUUUAAGGUGGAGCAAAACACCAUCCAUCCAUCCAUCCAUCCAUCCAUCCAUCCAUCCAUCCAUCCAUCCAUCCAUCCAUCCAUCCAUC